AUUGGGAAAGCGUUCUACGCCCAAAAUGGCGGCAGGAUUGAAAAGUUUGGGGCUGUUUUUGUUCUAGUUUGUACUUCUCUUGUACUUCGUCUGCUUUCGUUCUGGCAUGAGUACCGCUCCUGUUCGCUAAGGAGUAUGUUAUUGUUUUCGUACGCUGUCAUAAACAUGCGAAAUGAGCUGUGGUUUUCAGCACUGUCCCACUUUCCGCUGGGGGGAUCCCUCUGUAGUUCACUGGGAAGGUGCCACCAUUGAUUGCUGUAGCUGUUUGGCAUUGAAUCCACGACAACCUCCACGGCCUAAUUAAAGUAACCAUGAGGAGCAUUUGUACAUAGACAUGGAGGAUGAUGUAAAGAAAGUUAAAAAGCCAGGUAUAGUAUCUCCAUUUAAGCGAGUGUUUCUGAAAGGGGAGAAAGGGAGAGAUAAAAAAGCUCAAGAGAAGUCCACAGAACGCAGGGCUCUACACACCUUCUCACUUUCUGUGCCAGACCACCGCAUCGACCCAGAAAUCCUUCUCAACGAUUACAUUGAGAAAGAGGUCAAGUAUCUGGGCCAACUCACCUCUGUCCCAGGAUACCUCAACCCUUCAAGCCGCACUGAGGUCUUGCAGCUCAUUGAUAAUGCCAGGAAGUCUCACCAGUUAGCCGGUCAAUUGACAUCAGAACAGGAUGCUGUGGUCAGUCUUUCAGCGUAUAACGUGAAGCUGGUGUGGCGUGAUGGAGAGGACAUCAUCCUGAGAGUACCCAUUCAUGAUAUCGCUGCUGUGUCUUACAUACGAGACGACUCGCUGCACCUAGUGGUAUUAAAAACGGCCCAAGAGCCUGGAGGCUCUCCUUGCCCCAGUAUGUGUCCUGAGCUGUCAAAGUCACCCACACUGAGCUCUCUGUCAGAGAGUGGGGCCGUAGAGGUCUGCUGCCUACUUGUGCUGGCCGUUGAGAACAAGGCAGCGGCAGAGGAGCUCUGUCUGCUCCUCAGUCAGGUCUUCCAGAUAGUCUACACGGAAUCCACAAUCGACUUCCUGGACAGAGCCAUCUUUGAUGGUGCUAUAACACCAACAAGGCAUCUCUCCCUGUACAGUGAUGACUCUUCAAGCAAAGUAGACGAUAAAGAAGCAUUUGAAGGAGAACCAGGAACGUUCUUGUUUCAGAGCUCACUGGAAGCAGCAGGACACUCCCCUUGUCCGUCCCCUUCAUCCACACCAGCCUCACCACAGGAUAAAACUGCUAGUGAGAGUGAACUAAGCACAACAGCAGCAGAAUUGCUUCAAGACUACAUGACUACGUUGCGAACAAAAUUGUCCUCUCAGGAGAUUCAGCAGUUUGCUACACAUUUACAUGAGUACAGGAAUGGCGCCUCCAUCCACGAGUUCUGCAUCAACUUGAGGCAGCUUUAUGGGGACAGCAGGAAGUUCCUCCUACUCGGCCUCAGGCCCUUCAUCCCAGAGAAAGACAGUCAGCACUUUGAGAACUUCCUUGAAACCAUUGGAGUGAAGGAUGGCCGCGGUAUCAUCACUGACAGCUUCGGUCGCUACAGACGCACAGCCAGCUCUGCCUCAGACUCUACCACUAAUGGAAAUGGGGCAGCAGGUGGCUCAGAUGAAGGAACGGCGCACUCUGAGGGUGAUGAGUGGGACCGCAUGAUUUCUGAUAUCAGCAAUGACAUUGAGGCGUUAGGGUGCAGUAUGGACCAGGACGGUGUGUUGCCCUGACAAAAGAACCCAGGGGCAGGAGCAGUCACCACUUGAUAUAAACCGACUGUUACAUGGUCCAGUCGUCCAUGUCACUGUUCAUCAAAUAAUGCUGGAAUGUGGAUACUUUGCCACUUAGGCUCGAUCCAGAUUUUCAUGUAAUGGUGUGACCACAUUGCUAUCAUUCAAAUUGGAUGAUGGUGCUUUUUGAGACACUUGAAAUGCAUGAGGACGCUUUGUAACUGUGCGUGGCACAGUUAAUGUUUUUCUCAGUAUUUAUUGGCAGUAUCUGCUAUCGGUAAUGAGACGUUGCCUUUUUAUUCUGAUCUGAGACCAGCUUUUAGAUUUUGUUUAUGAGGGUUUAGGACAUGUUUUAUAAAGUAGCUCUGCACUGCACAAUUUUGUGUUUUCCGUGUUCGCUGUAACCUCAUGAAGUGCUUGUUAAUUAGUGGAUGAGUUGAAAUCAUGUUUUGAGAGCAGAUAAAAAAAAUCUGAAACAGAGUUUAUCGAUUCCAGUCCUGAAGGGCAAUCACAAUUUGGUCAUUUCUUUGCUUAAACACACAUACUAAGCCUGACAAUUGCAAGAUGUGUUUGAGCAGGGAAAUCGCCAAACUCUGGAGACCAGCCCUCCAGGGCUUAAUCAUCAAACUGUGCUGGACUGAAAUGUACAUGGGUGGGGGUACUCCAGAACUGGUAAACAGUGGGUUAGGAUGAUGCUAUGAUUUACAGCGCUGCCCAGUGUUGUGAUUUUGCUUUAUAUAGUGAUGAAAGGUUUAAGUGACAGCAGUGAAUUUGCUUCUUCCUUACUGAUUUUGGAAAAAUUGGCAGAAGCUGUGGACUCACCAGAAACAAGAAAGCACCCCAAACAGCAAAGCAAAGUGUCAGCUGUGGUUCCUUUAAGUUUUGGAGAGAUGCAUUCAACAGAUAUUGAGGGUUUCCAGGUAAUUGAGGUUAUGUUUUCUUGCUGGUGGAAAUAGUUUGGCCCUUGAAUCUCAACUGAGUAUUGUACUGUGAGACUGGUAAAUUGAGCUGAAUUUUUUAGUAUUGAGUUGGACAUGCUGGUUUUGGUUCAUUCUAAAAAUGCAGCGUCUACCUGGAUUGAAGCGCAUAAGCGAGUAGCUUUCCUAUAGUCCCUUUGGGAAGUCUCAUUCAGCCUUUAUGUGGAUCAGUGGUUUCCUGUGUCUUGUAACUUAAUGAUUUGACCGAAGUGCAGUAUAAUUUUUCUUUCCCAUUUUAGCUGAACUUGAAACUCGAUCCACAAAGUGCUUUUAUUUCUGGCCUUAUAUUAACUGUUUAGCGUAUGUGUUACUCUUAUUUUUAUUAUGACAUUUAAACACAUUUCACUAUUACAUUUUUACAACUAGUGCUGGUUGUAAUUACCAUUUGAUUUGUUUAUGUGGAUUGCACCAGGUAGGCAAUGUAGCGCUCUCUCUCUCUCUCUCUCUCUCUCUCUCUCUCUCUCUCUCUCUCUCU